ACCGGAUCCGGAUCACCACUCCUCUCUCUCUUUCUAUCUCCAUUUCAUCAUCCUCUCAUGUCUCGCCACGUGUCUCCUAAAUAGCAGUACGGACAUCCCUCCCUUCUCUCUGCUUCUGCUUAGUUCUUUCUUUUCCUUAGUCUCUGUUUCCCUCCUCCCGCUCGUCUAAACAAACAGACCGUCACACUUCUCUCUCUGUCUCUUUCUCUAGGAGAGAUUUAUUUCUCUCUACUUGGCCCUCUCCCAAUUUUUAUUCGGCUAUUGUCUCUCUUCGUGAAAGGCGAAGGCAAUAUCAGUCGCCACUUCUCUUUCUAAUUGGAUAAGAACAACUUUUUAUUAAUUUCCUGCAGUUUCUUGGCUACCAAACAAGCUAUUACCCUGCGUGCACUGGAAACGGGCUAUUCACGUAGAUUGGCGACCAGCUAGAGUAAAUACAUAAAUACGUGGCGAGCAAGCUAGAGUAGCAGAGAGAGCUAGCUUCUAAGCUAGAACUUGUUUUAUCAUCAAUGUCGGGUCUAGACUCAGGCCAACAUUUGCUGACGCGGCGGCCAUCGCGCAGUGCCACCACGACCACGUUCUCCACUGAGGUCUUCGACAAUGAGGUCGUUCCUUCCUCCCUCGGGUCCAUUACUCCAAUCCUCCGCAUUGCCAAUGAGAUCGAGCAUGAACGUCCUCGCGUCGCUUAUCUCUGUCGGUUUUAUGCGUUUGAGAAGGCGCAUAGGUUGGACGCGAACUCUAGUGGACGGGGUGUGAGGCAGUUCAAGACUUAUUUGCUGCAAAGAUUAGAGAGGGACAAUGCUUCCAGUCUUGCCUCUCGGGUUAAAAAGACUGAUGCGCGAGAAAUUGAGAGCUUUUAUCAGCAGUACUAUGAACACUAUGUUAGAGCACUGGACAAGGGAGAUCAGGCAGACAGAGCUCAACUUGGCAAAGCCUAUCAGACUGCGGGAGUUCUUUUUGAAGUGCUUUGCGCUGUCAACAAGUCAGAGAAAGUUGAAGAAGUUGCUCCUGAGAUUAUUGCAGCGGCUAGAGAUGUCCAAGAAAAGAAGGAAAUCUAUGCACCAUACAACAUUCUUCCCCUGGAUUCUGCUGGGGCUUCGCAGUCUAUUAUGCAACUUGAGGAGGUCAAGGCUGCUGUUGCUGCAUUGUGGAACACUCGUGGCUUGAGCUGGCCUACAGCAUUUGAGCAGCACAGGCAAAAAGCUGGGGAUCUAGAUCUUCUCGAUUGGCUAAGAGCCAUGUUUGGCUUCCAGAGAGACAAUGUCAGGAACCAGAGGGAGCAUUUAAUUCUACUACUUGCUGACAAUCAUAUAAGGCUUAAUCCCAAGCCAGAACCUCUUAAUCAGCUUGAUGAACGAGCUGCUGAUGCUGUCAUGGGCAAGCUUUUUAAGAAUUACAAAAAUUGGUGCAAGUUUUUAGGGCGAAAACACAGUUUACGUCUCCCUCAAGGACAACAAGAAAUACAACAGAGAAAGAUUCUAUAUAUGGGCCUAUAUCUUCUCAUCUGGGGUGAAGCAGCCAACGUUCGCUUCAUGCCAGAAUGUCUAUGCUAUAUUUUUCACAAUAUGGCAUAUGAACUUCAUGGUCUGUUGGCUGGAAAUGUUAGCAUUGUUACUGGAGAAAAUAUCAAGCCUUCUUAUGGCGGAGAUGACGAGGCAUUCCUGAGGAAGGUCAUAACACCUAUAUAUCGUGUAAUUCAGAAGGAAGCCAGUAAGAGCCAAAAUGGAAAAGCUUCACAUGCAAAGUGGUGCAAUUAUGAUGAUCUGAAUGAGUAUUUCUGGUCAACUGAAUGCUUCUCCCUUGGCUGGCCUAUGCGUGAUGAUGGAGCUUUUUUUAAAUCAACACAAGAACUGGCAAAGGGAAGAAAAGCUUCUCCAAGAAAAUCAGGAAGCACAGGCAAAUCAUAUUUUAUUGAAACCAGAACCUUUUGGCACAUCUUUCGAAGUUUUGAUCGAUUAUGGACUUUUUACAUACUAGCACUUCAGGCAAUGGUCAUCUUUGCUUGGAGUGGGGCCUCAGUUGCAGAAAUUCUACGGAAGAAUGUCUUAUAUCGCCUAUCCAGCAUCUUCAUUACAGCAGCCUUUCUUCGCUUUCUUCAGAGUAUUCUGGAUCUUGUUCUCAACUUUCCUGGGUUCCAUAGAUGGAAAUUCACAGAUGUAUUGCGAAACAUUCUCAAGAUAAUUGUCAGUCUUGCGUGGCUUAUUAUUCUUCCACUGUGUUAUGUAGAGGCCUUCAAUAUGUCCCGUAAAACAAUAAAAAAUUCAUUAUCAUUCCUUCCUACAGUAAAGGCCAUUCCUCCUUUAUACAUUGUAGCUGUGGUUCUAUAUUUGAUUCCAAAUAUUCUGGCUGCUGUUUUGUUUAUCUUUCCCAUGUUCCGAAGAUGGAUUGAAAACUCAGACUGGCUUGUUAUUAGAUUCCUCCUGUGGUGGUCACAGCCAAGAAUUUAUGUUGGGAGGGGAAUGCAUGAAAGCCAAUUUGCACUUAUAAAGUAUACCUUUUUCUGGGUGCUACUUUUGUGUUCAAAAUUUUCAUUCAGCUAUUUUGUCCAGAUAAAACCUUUAGUGAAGCCAACUAAAGAUAUAAUGAACAUUAAGCAUGUAGAUUACACGUGGCAUGAAUUUUUCCCAAAUGCUAAACACAAUUAUGGAGCAGUUUUGUCACUCUGGGCACCAGUAAUCUUGGUUUAUUUUAUGGAUACCCAAAUUUGGUACGCUGUUUUCUCAACCAUAUAUGGUGGAAUUCUUGGAGCUUUUGAUCGCCUAGGAGAGAUACGAACUCUAGGCAUGCUAAGAUCUCGCUUCCAGUCCUUACCUGGUGCAUUUAACACAUAUUUGGUGCCUUCAGACAAGACAAAGAAGAAGGGUUUCUCUUUUUCAAGGAGAUUUGCUGAGGUUCCAGCGAGCAGGAGAAGUGAAGCAGCAAAAUUUGCUCAGUUAUGGAAUGAAGUGAUAUGUAGUUUCCGUGAAGAAGAUAUUAUCAGUGACAGGGAGAUGGAUCUGUUGCUAGUUCCUUAUUCAUCAGAUCCUAGCCUCAAAUUAAUUCAAUGGCCACCCUUUUUGCUAGCAAGCAAGAUCCCAAUAGCUUUGGAUAUGGCGGCUCAGUUCCGGUCGAAAGAUGCUGACCUCUGGAAACGUAUUUGUGCUGAUGAGUACAUGAAAUGUGCUGUGAUAGAAUGCUAUGAAUCUUUUAAACAUGUCCUGAAUGUUCUGGUGAUUGGAGAAAAUGAGAAAAGGACAAUUGGAAUCAUCAUUAAGGAAAUUGAAAAUAACAUUUCAAAGAAUACGCUUCUUGCAAACUUUAGAAUGGGUUCGUUACCAGUAAUUUGCAAGAAAUUUGUGGAGCUUGUGGGGAUUUUGAAAGACAGUGAUCCAUCCAAGCGAGAUAAUGUGGUCUUGUUGCUCCAGGACAUGUUAGAAGUGGUUACCAAUGAUAUGAUGGUGAAUGAGAAUCGUGAAUUGGUAGACCUUGGACAUGGUGGAAAGGAUUCGGGAAGGCAACUUUUUGCUGGUACUGGUACAAAGCCUGCUAUAAUGUUCCCUCCUGCAGUUACGGCACAGUGGGAAGAACAGAUAAGGCGUCUCCAUCUCCUUUUGACUGUAAAAGAAUCUGCUAUGGAUGUACCGACAAACCUUGAAGCGCGUAGAAGAAUUUCAUUCUUUACAAAUUCCUUGUUUAUGGAUAUGCCACGUCCUCCUCGAGUUCGUAAAAUGCUUUCAUUCAGUGUCAUGACUCCAUACUACAGUGAAGAGACUGUUUAUUCUAAAUCUGACCUUGAAAUGGAGAAUGAAGAUGGUGUAUCAAUCAUAUACUACUUGCAAAAGAUCUACCCAGAUGAAUGGAAUAACUUCAUGGAACGACUCAAUUGUAAAAAUGACAGUGAAGUUUGGGAAAAGGAAGAAAACAUUUUGCUUGUACGUCAUUGGGCUUCCUUAAGAGGUCAAACUCUCUAUCGUACAGUUAGAGGGAUGAUGUAUUAUAGACGAGCUUUGAGACUUCAGGCCUUCCUCGAUAUGGCUUCAGAAAAUGAGAUACUGGAAGGCUAUAAAGCUAUCACAGUUCCAUCUGAGGAAGAUAAGAAAAGUCAAAGAUCCUUACAUGCUCAACUAGAGGCAGUAGCAGACAUGAAAUUCACAUACGUUGCUACAUGUCAAAAUUAUGGUAAUCAGAAAAGGAGUGGAGAUCGCCAUGCAACAGACAUCCUGAAUUUGAUGGUUAACAACCCAUCUCUACGUGUUGCUUAUAUUGAUGAAGUUGAAGAAAGAGAAGGUGGAAAAGUACAGAAGGUUUACUACUCUGUAUUGAUCAAAGCUGUCGAUACACUGGAUCAGGAAAUCUAUCGCAUAAAAUUGCCAGGUCCAGCAAAAUUAGGAGAAGGGAAGCCCGAAAAUCAGAACCAUGCUAUAAUAUUUACUCGAGGAGAGGCUCUUCAGGCCAUUGACAUGAAUCAGGAUAAUUACUUAGAAGAAGCAUUCAAAAUGCGUAACCUUUUAGAGGAAUUUCAUGAGGAUCAUGGUGUGCGUCCACCGACCAUUUUAGGUGUCCGUGAACAUAUCUUCACUGGAAGUGUCUCUUCUUUGGCUUGGUUCAUGUCAAAUCAAGAAACCAGUUUUGUCACCAUUGGUCAGAGAGUUCUUGCAACACCGUUGAAGAUCCGUUUCCAUUAUGGGCAUCCAGAUGUGUUUGCUAGAAUUUUUCACAUUACCCGUGGUGGCAUGAGCAAGGCAUCUCGUGGCAUCAAUUUGAGCGAGGAUAUCUUUGCUGGUUUCAACUCAACAUUAAGACGAGGGAAUGUUACUCAUCAUGAAUAUAUUCAAGUGGGGAAAGGUCGAGAUGUUGGACUCAACCAAAUCUCACUUUUUGAAGCAAAAGUAGCUUGUGGUAAUGGGGAGCAAACCCUUAGCAGGGAUAUCUAUAGACUGGGCCAUCGUUUUGACUUUUUCCGCAUGCUUUCGUGCUAUUUUACGACCAUUGGAUUUUAUGUCAGUGCAAUGAUGGUUGUCCUUACAGUCUAUGCUUACUUGUAUGGAAGGCUUUACCUGUGCUUGAGUGGAUUGGAGGGCUCGAUAAUGAAGUAUGCAACUCGGAGGGGAGAUGAUCCCUUGAAGGCAGCCAUGGCCUCACAAUCCCUUGUUCAGAUUGGUCUUUUGAUGGCCUUGCCCAUGGUCAUGGAGAUGGGACUGGAGAGAGGGUUCAGAACAGCAGUAGGUGACAUAAUCAUCAUGCAGCUUCAGCUUGCUGCAGUUUUCUUUACAUUUUCACUUGGGACAAAAGCCCAUUAUUAUGGACGCACUGUCCUGCAUGGUGGGGCAAAAUAUAGAGCUACCGGGCGUGGUUUUGUAGUCCGGCAUGAGAAGUUUGCUGAGAAUUAUAGGAUGUACUCAAGGAGCCAUUUUGUUAAAGGACUGGAGCUUAUGAUAUUGCUUAUAUGUUACCACUUAUAUGGCAAAGCGGUAACAGGUGGAACAGCUUAUGUGUUGCUCACGAUUUCAAUGUGGUUUCUAGUGGUUUCUUGGUUAUUUGCUCCUUUUCUUUUUAAUCCAUCAGGAUUUGAAUGGCAGAAGAUUGUGGAGGAUUGGGAAGAUUGGUCAAAGUGGAUUAGCAGCCAGGGUGGUAUUGGUGUACCGGCAAACAAGAGCUGGGAAUCAUGGUGGGAGGAGGAACAGGAGCAUCUGCAGCACACUGGCUUUCUCGGACGGUUUUGGGAGAUUAUUCUUGCAUUGCGCUUCAUUAUCUAUCAGUACGGUAUUGUCUAUCAACUGGAAGUCACUAGGGAAAGUCCAGCUGGUAGAUCACGGAGCAUUGCUGUCUAUGGUCUGUCCUGGCUAGUAAUUGUUGCUCUAGUGAUCAUCUUAAAGAUUGUUUCCAAGGGUAGAAAAAAAUUUAGCGCAGAUUUCCAGCUGAUGUUCAGACUUCUUAAGUUGUUCCUGUUUAUCGGGUUUGUGGUCAUUCUUGUUAUUCUUUUUGCUACCCUUCAUCUCACACUAGGGGACAUUUUUCAGAGCCUGCUAGCCUUUCUGCCAACGGGUUGGGCACUUCUGCAGAUAUCACAAGCAGCGAGACCAUUUGUGAAGGGUCUAAAAAUGUGGGGGUCGGUGAAGGCUCUUGCAAGAGGGUACGAGUACAUGAUGGGGUUAGUGAUCUUCACACCAGUGGCUGUAUUGGCCUGGUUCCCAUUUGUGUCAGAGUUCCAAACCAGGCUGUUGUACAACCAAGCAUUCAGCCGAGGGCUUCAGAUCCAACGUAUUCUUGCCGGUGGGAAGAAGAACAAAUAAUAAAAAUUUGCUGCUUUUAGCUUCAUCUUGAAUUCUUGAUUAUUGAAAGAGCCAAAGGUUUAGUUGUAUCUUUUAUGGAGGGUGAUGGAACAGAAAGAGAGAGAGAGAGAGAGAGGGGGGAAGAGAGAGAGAAAGAGAUGUUUUUUUGUUCCAUAUUGGUGGCUUGAAUGUUGACGUCCCCGUUUAAUUCUUUGAGUUACCUCACAAUUGCCAUUGAUUUUGCUUCAUCGUCAUAUUUUUUUUUUUUUUUUUUUGCCUAUUGA